UACUGUCUCUCUCUCUCUCAUAAAUUAACUAUAUAAUUAGGGGUUAAUUUUUGGAGAUGGGUUUACAUGGGAAGUUGAUUGCAGCAGUAGAAUUUAAAGCUGGUGCAGAUGUGUUUCUUGAACUUACCAAAAACAAUCCUCAAAAUUUUUCCACAAUUACCCCUAAAAAAAUACAAGGUUGUGAUCUUCAUGAGGGUCAAUUUGGUCAUGUUGGGUCCAUUAUUUGCUGGAGGUACACCCAUGAUGGGAAAGAGAAGAGAGCAAAACAAGUGAUCCAAUCGAUUGAUGAAGAGAAGAAGUUGAUUGAAUUCAAGAUGCUUGAAGGGGACUUGAUGGAGCUUUACAAAACUUUCGUUAUUACAAUCCACGUUGAGACAAUGGGUGACAUUGAUUUGGUGACGUGGACAUUUGACUACGAGAUGCUUAAUGAAGACGUGGAGCAUCCCAUCUCGUUCCUCUCCUACGUCAUCGACAUCACCAAAGACAUUGAGACCCAUCACCUCGCCAAACCUUGAAUUACUCGAGGUGUGAUCUCGGUGAUGACUCGAACCUCCGACUUAUUAGUUGGAGAGGAAACGUCUGAUUAAUUUACGUUCACUUUGUUGUCUUCUUUCUUCGUGAGUUAAUAAGUUAAGAUGUGCGCGUGUGUGCACGUGCGUGUUUUCAGUAGUUGUGUGUUGUGCUUUAUUUCAAGGUUAUAUCAAUAAUAAUAAUGUGUCACAUGUGUAUAUAGAGGUAUGGAAAAAGUAAUGUAAUACCAGUUUGGAUUUUCUGUAUAAAUAUUUUAGUGUGUCA